UCAGAGCAGACUGAGCCUCAGUCAAAGUUGGAGAUUGUGUUUGUCUGUCUGCAGGCCUUCAGAUAAAGAAGACAUGGCCUGUGUUGUAGUAAAGGAGUGACUCAUGAAUCUUUGCAGUGCAAGGCCAUAGCAGCAAAUCCUUCAAGCCUCAAACAGUUUGGAAGAAAAGAAAAGUGUUAGACCUGUAUACUAAGUUACGUGAAGGGGACAGGGGGUUUAAAGAAAAGGCGCAGGGCUGGGGGAGUGUUUCUUGCCCCUCUCUCCCCUUUUUUUCUCUCCCUGCUGGUCUCCUUGGUCACACACAUGCACACAUUGUCACACACACAAACACUGACGAGGGCUCAGUCCUGCUAUGGCCACCUCCAGCACUGAGGACAACGCUCCAGUCUUAGCCACGGCAGCACGCCAGCAGCCUGACUUGGAAACUAGUGUAGAACUCAGCUCAGCAGCAAAACCUGAGCCCAGCAAGGCCAGACACGACAGGGAGGAAAAAGAGGAUGAAGACGAGGAGGAUAGCAGUGGAAACCUUGUGCUGGGGCAGGAGAGCACAGGGCAGAGUUUGGAUCCAGAGUGGGUGGAGGAGAGGUUCAGGAUCGACAGGAAGAAGCUGGAGAGCAUGUUGUAUGAUCCAAAGCAUGGAGGUGUUGAGACAGGCAAAGAGUUUUUUGAGAGGGUGAUGCGAGAAACCGACACUCAGGUGAAAUGGCCGUCCAAGCUCAAGAUUGGGGCCAAAUCAAAGAAGGAUCCACAUGUUAAGGUGGAAGGGAAGAGAGCCAGUGUCUUGGAAGCUAAAAAGAAAAUAUUAGAAGUGCUGGAAACCAGGGUGAACAAGGUGACUCUAAAGAUGGACGUGGCCUAUACAGAGCAUUCCCAUGUGAUUGGGAAAGGUGGUGGAAACAUCAAAAAGGUGAUGGAGGUUACAUCUUGUCACAUUCAUUUCCCUGACUCCAACCGCCACAAUGCUACAGGAGAAAAAAGCAACCAGGUUUCCAUUGCUGGGCCCAUAGAAGGGGUGGAGGAAGCCAGGAGGAGGAUAAGAGACCUGCAACCACUAUCCUUGACCUUUGACCUCCCAGUCAGUCUGGUGCCUCAAGCUCUGCCGGAUGCAGGCUCUCCACUCAUCCAGCAGGUAGUGCAAACUCUGGGAGUCAGUGUGAGCUUCAGGGCUGUGCCACCCCAGCCUCAGACACAGGCCUCCUUUUACGGAAGCUGCUGCACCAUCUGGGGCCUGCAGGGCAACGCAGCUGCUGUCAAGAAGGCGACCUACAUCCUGAUGGACCUGCUGCUGGGGUCAGAGGUUACAGGUGGUAUAGUGAGCAGCCAGCUGGAUGUCACCUCCCAGCAGCAUCUCUUCCUGUUGGGUCAGAGCGGAGCCCACUUCCUGAGUGUAAUGCACCAGACUCAGACCCAGAUCAUCCUCCCAGACCUCAGUGCUCCACAGAGCCCUUCUUCACUGCUCAUCCAGGGCAGCCCUGACGGCGUGUGUCUGGCCCGGCAGCAGCUCAUGGACUGUCUGCCUGUGUGUUUGAUGUUUGACAUGCGUGAAGAUGGGGAGACAGAUCCUUGUAAGCUGGCUCAGAUGAUGCAAAACCUGGGAGUUUUCAUUAGUGUCAAGCCCAAAGUAAAACAGACCAGUAAGUCAGCGGUAGUGAAAGGUCUGGAAAGGAACAUCUCUUGCCUCUAUGAGGCCCGACGGCUGCUUCUGGGGCUGGAUUCCUGUCAGACUGCCAAGGUAACUGAGAUGUCCUCUGACCCCAUGCUAGCCGGCAGCGGACUGACCAGCUACUGGCUCAACAUGUUGCUGCAGCAGCUUCGUCUCUCUGAGCAGGGUCCUAUGCCAGCUCCCACUCUAGAGGUACUGACUGGUACCAAACCCUGGCUGUCACCUCCACCAGGCCUCACUCCUUCUGCUGAUGAAGGGAGGACAGGACUGAAAGGGACAGACAGCCGGCCACUGGAGAAGAUUCUAGAAAAUGAGGAUCAAUCUGUCCAAUCAGAGGAUGAGAGCUCUAAGGUUGUUGUGAUGUCAUCAACUGAGGUGUGUGAUGCAGUGAGCAACAGCAUCAGCAGGGUGGGCUUGAUGAGUCGGAGAGGGAGUCUCCAGGGUCCUGAAAUUACAAAGGUUAUUGGCCAGGGCAGACGCCAUUCAACAGGGCAGGCGCUAUCAUACAGACUGUUGAACACAGGCACUGAGGGAGGAAGGAACGAGUGGAGGAACAGCCUGAGAAGAGACGUGGCGCUGGCUCAGGAUGUUCAUGCUGACUCAUCCAAGGCUGAGGAUUAUGACUACGAGAAGAAGAAACUGCUGGCAACUAGAGCCAUGCAGAGGAAGCCUGUGGUCACUGAGGUCCGGACACCCACAGACACCUGGAGUGGUCUCGGCUUUUCCAAGUCCAUGCCAGCCGAGGCUGUCAAAGAGCUUCGCAACAUCAGCCGCCGCAGCUACAAGCCGUACCUGAGCACUAGCCAGCAACAGUCACGGGCUGCUCAGACGGGGAAGACAUGCAAUGGGAGUGACUCUGAGAACUGGAGGGACAGAUGUGGACCCUCACCUUCAUCCUUGCCUGCCUCUUCCUCUUCUUCUUCCUCCUCUUCUCCCUCUUCAUCCCCCUCUUUGACCUUUCUAGUGGAGAUUUUCCAGAACAGCAGCAGCUACUUUGAAGGUGUGUGUUCGUUGAGGAGGGCAUCGACCAGCAGUCAGAGGAGCCCAUCCCCCCAAAUGACAGAUGAGCUCCCGGAGCUGCUCAGCCAACUUGGCCUAAUCAAAUAUAUUGAUGUGUUUGAACAACAGGAGAUUGACUACCAGACAUUCCUUACUUUGUCUGAUGAAGAUCUGAAGGAAGUGGGUAUCUCUACAUUUGGAGCCAGACGCAAGAUGUUGUUGGCAAUCUCAGAGCUAAACAAGAGCAAGAGGAGGCUCUCGGAUACACCCACUGUGAAGCCUGGCUACCUGGAGGGCGGCGCUAGUGGUCGACUCCCAAGAAUCAUGGAUUUAGAAGCUGCUGCUCAGAGUAACCACUGGUGAGACGAUAUGCCUCUACCUCUAACUCUGGGCUUCAUCUGACCAACAUGGAGUAAUUUAAUGUCUAAAUGUAUACAAUGCUGCUGUUGCUGUUGUCUUUUCUGCUUAUUAUUUACUAUAAACAUAAACAUGAGAUUGCCCUGGAGUGGAGCAAACAUUUAAAUCCAUUGCCUUCCCAAAGCUUUUUAUACAAAAUCAAGACAAGGAGGUCUUCUCUUCAAAACCUUUGUUAAACAACUGAGCAUGAGGACAUGCUGGUUAUAGUUUUCAUUUACAGCAUGUAUGAUUGUCAUAAAGUGCCUUUGUUAUGCAAACCUGUUCUGUGCUUUGACUGUUAACCACUUCA